AUUUGUACUUGGUUGUGCCCCGCCUCUUUUUUUGUUUCGGCCCACAAGUUCCUCCCAUCGACUGUGGGAUCGGUGCAUCAAGCCAACUUCGUUCCUCCCUUUUUUCCCACACUCUCGCCCCAGAAGUAAUUGACUUGUCCGACUUCUCUACCUUAAAAUCAACUUCCACGCCAAACACCUCCUUUUUCUCGUCAUCCUUCUGCCCAGCAGACGUCGAGAAAAACAACACCAUACUUGCUCUCACGAUCCGGGAAUCGCAAGGGCUAUCAGAAACUUCCUCGUUCUCUUCUGUUAUAAUCUUUUAACACCUAACCUACGUAAUCCAUCACAAUGGAGGAGGAAGUUGCUGCCCUCGUUAUCGACAAUGGUUCGGGUAUGUGCAAGGCCGGUUUCGCCGGUGAUGAUGCUCCCCGAGCUGUUUUCCCGUCCAUCGUUGGUCGUCCCCGCCAUCAUGGCAUCAUGAUUGGUAUGGGUCAGAAGGACUCGUACGUCGGUGAUGAGGCACAGUCGAAGCGUGGUAUCCUAACCCUGCGAUACCCCAUCGAGCACGGUGUCGUUACCAACUGGGAUGACAUGGAGAAGAUCUGGCAUCACACUUUCUACAACGAGCUGCGUGUGGCUCCUGAGGAGCACCCCGUUCUGCUCACGGAGGCUCCUAUCAACCCCAAGUCUAAUCGUGAGAAGAUGACCCAGAUUGUCUUCGAGACUUUCAACGCCCCCGCCUUCUACGUCUCCAUCCAGGCCGUCCUGUCUCUGUACGCUUCCGGUCGUACCACUGGUAUCGUGCUCGACUCCGGUGAUGGUGUUACCCACGUUGUCCCUAUCUACGAAGGUUUCGCCCUUCCCCACGCCAUUGCUCGUGUCGAUAUGGCUGGUCGUGACUUGACCGACUACCUCAUGAAGAUCCUCGCUGAGCGCGGUUACAGCUUCUCCACCACUGCCGAACGAGAAAUCGUCCGAGAUAUCAAGGAGAAGCUCUGCUACGUCGCUCUUGACUUCGAACAGGAGAUCCAGACUGCUGCCCAGAGCUCCAGCUUGGAGAAGUCCUACGAGCUUCCCGACGGUCAGGUCAUUACUAUUGGUAACGAGCGAUUCCGUGCCCCUGAGGCUCUGUUCCAGCCUUCUGUGCUAGGUCUUGAGAGCGGUGGUAUCCACGUCACCACUUUCAACUCCAUCAUGAAGUGUGAUGUCGAUGUCCGAAAGGACCUCUACGGUAACAUUGUCAUGUCUGGUGGUACUACCAUGUACCCUGGUCUCUCCGACCGUAUGCAGAAGGAGAUCACCGCCUUGGCCCCGUCAUCCAUGAAGGUCAGGAUUAUCGCUCCCCCCGAGCGAAAGUACUCUGUCUGGAUCGGUGGUUCCAUCUUGGCGUCUCUGUCCACCUUCCAGCAAAUGUGGAUCUCCAAGCAGGAGUACGACGAGAGCGGUCCUUCGAUCGUUCACCGCAAGUGCUUCUAAGGUAUUUACUCCCAUGGGAAAUUACGCUCCUGGUAUAAGGGUCUGACAAUAAAAUAGCGCCUGAAUCACCGCAAACCCAACAAUUUCUCACGAGCCCGUAAUAUUCCCAACCGGGGCGCGACAUGUUUGGAGCUCCCACCGUUGCGAAUGUAUCCCAGUCGAGACUCGUAUCUACGAAAAAUUCUGAUAAUGGUCGAAAGAUUGGGGCUGUAUUACUCCCAGGGAAAAAGAGAAUAUGAGGUGCUUUACUUUUAGGAGGCCCAUUCAAGCACGGGGUGGACUAGACAAUUCCAGCCGAGGUUGAUCAUAUACUACUUUAUUUCUUCGUUACACUAAUAAGUCUGGCGUGCCACCUUGUGAACCACAAGCAUGUAAAAACCUACUACGUAAUGAUUCAGUAGAAACUAUUUCUUCAACCAUUUGUAAAUAUGCUCGUGUAAUAACCGAUAUAGGUUAUGCUUCAAAAAGUAAUUGCGAAGCAAAAUCCCACGGUUUCACAUAUACUCGUGUAGAUGGGCCAGCUGCCUACCUUUUGAAGCUUAUUUUUUAAGCUUUAUUUAUGUUCUAUUCUUUCACUACUCCUCGAGCUAUCUGGAAAUUCUUUCUCCCC